UGAGUGAACGGCGAGAGAACGAACACGAGGCCAGUCGUCGCCUGAAGACUGAGUUCUUCAUUGAAUUCGAUGGAAUCCAUUCGACAAACGAGGAAAGGAUUCUAGUUAUGGGCGCCACUAAUAGACCACAAGAACUCGAUGACGCGGCCCUCAGGCGAUUCUCAAAACGAAUAUACAUAUCAUUACCCGAUUAUGAAACUCGAAUCACACUUCUCGAGAAACUGAUGCGAAAACAAAACAAUCCGUUGUCUCGACGAGAAUUGGGACAAUUGGCCGCUCAGACCGAGGGCUACAGCGGCAGUGAUCUGACAAAUCUGGCCAAAGAUGCGGCUCUGGGACCCAUCCGGGAGAUGGAGAUCGAACAGGUCAAGCACUGCAACCCCAACAGAAUGCGUCCCAUUAAUGUCGAUGACUUCAAGCAGUCGUUGAAACGGAUCCGUAAGAGUGUGGCCGACAGUACACUACAGCAGUACUACGAUUGGAACCAACAAUUCGGUGACAUUUCGCUGUGAUCUUAAUUUGCAUUAUUUCUAUCGUUUUUAAGUUUUUAAAAGUAUUUUUAGUUAUCGUUUGUUUUUUAUUGCUGUUAAACAC